AUGUUGAAAGUGAUGAAGAACAAACAAUCCGCGAGUGGUGGACAAUCCGCGAGUGGGGAUGCAGUCGAGGAACAAUGCCGAAAAACUGUCGGCAUCAUCCGUCGGCAGGAUACGGCCAUGAGAAAAUCAGUUACGCCGAAGGAAAGGCUUCUAGUUACAUUAAGGUAUUUAGCAACUGGAGAACGGUUUACAAAUUUACAGUACUUGUUUAGAGUGUCACGACAGCUUAUUUCAAAGAUUGUUCCCGAAGUAUGCAAAUGCUUAACAGAAGCCCUUGUUGAUUUCGUAAAGUUACCAUCUACAAACAACGAAUGGUUAGAAGUUGCAACGAAAUUCAAAAAUAGAUGGGGGUUCCCGCACGUCAUUGGUGCAAUCGAUGGUAAACAUGUUCGAAUCAUUGCCCCUCAUCAAAGUGGAUCAGACUACUUCAAUUACAAAAAAAAAUUUAGUAUUGUGCUACUAGCUAUAGGGUCUCUGAACUACGGCCCGCGGGCCGCAUGCGAGACCCUCUCCUACCAGGAUAAAUGUGGCCUAACGCUACAGUUAUUCUACCAAAUGCGGCCCGCGUAA